AUGCCAGAAUCAUAAUUGGGGUCGGUUAGAAUGAGACCUUCCUAAAUUCAGAUUGAAGACGAUCAAUAAGUUUCAACACAAAGACGAAAUUUUUUAUCUCCAACAUUUAGUUAAAAUCUACCCCUCUUUAGGGAAUUACAAUCGAGAUAAGCGCAAAACAGAGAACCAGAUUAUUCAAACAGCAUUCUUACACUAACUGAUGAGAAGGUAAUCUCUUGUCACGCUUAAAUGAUCAAGUCUCUCAUGUUCAACCUAUUCCUAUAGGCAUUUUUUGUUAAUUAUUUUACUUAUAUGCACUGGAAAUAUAGUCAUCGCUACGUGCUCCUGUAAUUGUGGAUAUAGGACUUAAUAACUAUUUUUAUUCUGAUAUACUACAACUACAGAAAAGGAGAUGAUUGCAUUUGGUAACUCAUAGAAACAAUGUUUCUAUUCUUUUUUAAAAUCUUCAUUGUCUUUUACUAUGAAGUUCAAGCAUUCAAGAUCUACUUUAUCGCAAUUAUGAUGUUAGCGGUUUCAUCAUUGCUUUUAAUCAUGAAACUAGUCUAAAAGAUAAAGACUCCGACUAAGACUAGCACUGCUUUAAUUUUACAAUUCCUAAAGACAAUGUGCUGUCUCUAACUCCUGCUGAUUACACUUAAAUGGGAAUCAAAGAUCUCUUGGUCGUGGAUCCAGAUCUUUCUAUUGUUGUGGGUGUUCCUUGUAGUUUGCGCACUAUUAUUAUUCAUUUCAUUGGUUAGUUGUAUUGAAACCUUGGUUAACAUCAUUAAAAAGAAAUAACAAUGCCAUUACUGUAAAUAUAAUCUGUAAUCUUUAGUGGCAGGCAAUUUAUGGAUAUUUAUUAUGCUAAUAGGAUUUACUUUAUUUCCUUUUUUGUUCAUUUUGAGAACAGCUGAAUUUUACGAGGAAAAUCAAUUAAUUACCAUUACUGAAACUGCUAAAUACAUAGUGGUAAUCACUUUGUUUUCGUUAUUUCUUCUCAUCUUCACUCUUUGUUUCUACAAAUAAAUUAAGUAAGGUUCUUUGUUAUUAAUGAUUAGAGCUUACUUAAAAGAUGUUUAAGGAAUCUCAGAUUAAAAUGAUGUUGAUCAAUAACAAACAGUAUAAUCUCCGAAUUCUAGAUAACUUAAUUCCCCACAUUAACCAAAGAAAUUAGAAUUCGUUAAAUUGGGAAUCCCUUUAUAUUUGAUCAAAUUAUCUUGUACUUACUUUGCCGUUCUUGACAAAGCUUCUUUUGAAUUCAAAAAAAAAAGACAAAAGUCUCAUCCAGAGUUAGAAUCUGGUCGAUCCAAUCUUCACGGUUCCACGAUGAAGGAAACCUGGAAGAAAAUACUAUAAAAACCAGUUGCUAGCAAUUCUAUGAUUAUACAUAAAAAAUAAGAUGACGUUGAUUUAGAAAUAUAAAAACCUGCUAUUACUGAUAAUGUCAAAGUAAAACGAGAAGAAACCCCAGUUACUGUAUCAAAAUAGGAAUAAGAAGAGGAACCAGUUCGAUCUAUUAAAUCUAUUAAAUCUGAUGGGGAAUCAAGUGUGAAUUAAGAAAAGUGUCUUGUUUGCUAUGAAAAUACACCCAAUAUCGUUUUUGUACCAUGUCGCCAUGGAGGCAUCUGUUAGCAGUGUGCUGAGGAUGUAAUAUAAAAAUCAAAUGAAUGUUACUUGUGCAGAAAAACUAUAAGUCAAAUUUUGAAAGUUUAAAAAAAUGUAAAUAAAUAGUUGGAAGUGAAGGAAGCAUCAAUUUUGAGCUGA